GAACACGCUCGGUCUAUUCUUACUAUGUCUAUGGUUUCUGCGAUGUUAUCGUGUGUUUAAAGUGUCAAUUGGUUGUUCUUCUCACAAAAUAAGCUAAAGUAAAGUUCUUGAUUUCUCAACAAGUGACAAUUCGCUUGAGUACGAAAAUGCCGUGUGAAAUGAUAACCCUGCAGCUCGGCCAGUGCGGCAAUCAAAUUGGAUUUGAAUUCUGGAAGAGAUUAUGUGCGGAGCAUGGAAUUAGCCCAGAGGGUAUUUUGGAGGAUUACGCGACAGAAGGAACCGACAGGAAGGAUGUUUUCUUUUAUCAAUCAGAUGAUGAACACUACAUACCACGAGCUGUAUUACUGGACUUAGAACCUAGAGUAAUCCAUACCAUCAUGAAUUCUCCAUACUCCAAACUGUACAAUCCAGAAAAUAUUUACUUAUCAAAACAUGGCGGUGGUGCUGGAAACAAUUGGGCAUCAGGAUAUCAUCAAGGUGAGAAAUUGCAGGAGGAGAUAUUUGAUAUACUGGACAGAGAAGCUGAUGGCAGUGACAGUUUGGAGGGUUUUGUCUUGUGCCAUUCCAUAGCAGGAGGUACGGGUUCUGGUAUGGGAUCCUUCAUGUUGGAAUCCCUUGCCGAUAGAUUUCCAAAGAAAUUAAUCGAGACUUACAGCGUCUUUCCGAAUCAAGAUGAGAUAAGUGACGUUGUAGUGCAGCCGUACAAUUCGUUGCUAACACUGAAGAGAUUGACAGAAUGUGCAGACUGCGUUGUAGUUUUAGAUAAUACUGCUUUGAAUAGAAUUGCCUCGGACAGAUUACACAUUCAGAAUCCCAGCUUCACGCAAAUUAAUAAACUCGUGUCGACGAUAAUGUCCGUUAGCACAACCACUCUGCGAUAUCCUUCGUACAUGAAUAAUGAUCUAGUUGGUUUGAUCGCGCCGCUCAUACCGACUCCUCGUCUACAUUUUCUGAUGACUGGAUACACGCCACUUACAACGGAUCAAGAGGGUGCAUCUGUGAGAAAAACAUCUGUUCUGGAUGUAAUGCGGCGAUUGUUACAACCAAAAAAUAUGAUGGUUUCUACAGCAUUAGACAGAAAUGCAUCUCAUUGUUAUAUAUCUAUUUUAAAUAUAAUUCAGGGUGAAGUGGAUCCGACACAAGUGCACAAAUCCUUGCAAAGAAUUAGGGAGCGAAAACUCGCACAAUUCAUUCCUUGGGGUCCUGCAAGUAUACAAGUGGCUCUUUCAAGGAAAUCCCCGUAUAUACAAAGCACACAUCGUGUAUCCGGUUUGAUGUUGGCCAAUCAUACAAACAUAUCGUCGCUAUUUGACAGAGCCUUACAGCAAUAUGAUAAACUGCGUAAACGAGAAGCAUUCCUGGAACAAUUCCGCAAAGAAAAAAUGUUCGAGGAGAACCUUGACGAGUUAGACAACUCACGAGAAGUCGUAGAAUAUUUAGUAAAGGAAUAUCAGGCCGCGACUCGAGUCGAUUAUCUCAGUUGGAAUCCAAACAAAAUGGACGUAUAAAGUAUUCAAUAAAUGGGUAAUUUUUUUAUCUAGAGAAUUAGAGAAUUUAAACACAU